AUGCCGGAAAAGAGAACACGGAAAAGGACGACAGACGUUACUAAAGAAAAAAGGGAAGACGAGGAAGCGAAAGCGUCGCUUUUGUUGCAGUGGCGAAGUUUCUUCGAGGCAAAACAGCAUCAUCAUCGACGACGUAAACGAUGCGGUUUGCAUCCGCACUGGGAGGAAAAAGAAUGGAAACCGUUAAGGAUAAAAUCCUCUGAGGAAGAAGAAGACGACGAACAGCUCCCGUCGCGAGAGGAAAUCAUCUCUCAAUUUGGCCUGUUUGGAGGAUCGAAGUGUGAGGAUUCGAGCGAAAGAUACUGCGAGAUAGAUUUCACCACGGGCACGUGCGCGAACGGAGAGAAAUGCGAACGGUGCGAACGAUGGAAACGUUUCCUGGACGGUGUGGGAGGAGACGCGGCGAAGAAGAAGAAGAAGAAGCAUUACGAGGUAUUUACGAGAGAUUUGGUCAGAGGCGUGGCGCAACACGUCAAGGAGAGAUGCAUGGAAAAGGAGAUCGGGAAAACGAGAGUGGUGGUCGUUUUAGAGCUCGGCGCGAGGGAUGGGACGUUCGCUCGGGCCUUCGUGCGAGAAUGGACGGAUGAACGAACGAGAUUGGAAUACUUCGCGUGCGAUUCGGCACCGAAAGACGCGUCGGUGACGAAACGCGACGCGAGCGAGGCGAUAAGAGAGAUUGGAAAGAAGUAUGAAGGAAGAGAUUCUGAUACGUUAUGCAUCGCUCUCGUAUCGUGGAUGCCAUUUCAGAUCGAUUGGACGAGGGAGAUUCGUAAACACGCCGCGUUUGACGAGUACAUUUUGAUUGGAGAAGGAGAAGGAGGGAUAUGCGGCAGUAAGCAAACGUUUGGUCGAGAGGAUGAAAGUGAUGAUCAAAGCGACGGCGACGACGAGAAGGAGGGAGAGGAAGACGAUGUUCCAGCACUCUACGAACGCGAAGGUUUCGUCAUGCGCGAAUUGGAAAAAGUCAAAAAUUUGGGCAAAUCGGACACGACGUACGAACGCGAGGGCACGCACUCGAAAACGAUUUCGUUUCGUCGGCGGGUAGAUAUACAGUAG